AUGGACACUCCAGAGAAGACUAAGAAUAGCCAAAUCACAACAUCCAUUAACAAUUUCGAGGACUCCCCCGUCUUUAAUUUUCUCAACAAUCUUUCCCCAAUCAAGCCAGUUAAGUCCAUACACAUCACUCAGACAAUCAAUCCUCUUAGUUUUGCAUCGCUUCCAUCUGUUUUCACUUCCCCCCACCUUAGUUCACUGAAGGAAUCGAGAUUUCUCAGGAGGCAUCAGCUCCCAGAUCCAUCAAAACCUGAAUUUGCUUCUGAUGAUGCUAAUACAGUCGAUACAAGUAAGGAGAUUAUUAGUGCCAGCAAUGAAUUAGUUGAACAUCAGACAAAUCUUGAUCAACCGAAUUCUGUUGGUCAAGUAGCUGAUGAGCCAUCUUUUGAAUGUUCAAAGCUUGAAGUCGAGUUCGAACAGAACUUCAAGUAUGAUUGUAGUAAUCCUGGCUCCAGCUUAACACCUAGCUGUGGCCUUAAAACGAAACACAUGGCUAAAUAUGCUUGCACUUCGUCAGCACUUAUUCCAUUUGUACAAGAGGCCUCCCACAGGGGUUUAUUUGGAAGUGAAGUGAAUCUUGAUGGGGUAAGCCAAAUGGAUCAAAAUAAAGAAGCCACAGAAUGUGAUUGGAAGAGUUUGAUUUCUGAUGCUCCAGAUCAAUUAAUUUUUGAAUCACCAAAUGACACAGAGUCUUUCAAGAAAUCAGUUGAUCCAGGAAAAGGUUUAUACCCAAGUAUUACCAAUGACAUGCAGAAUACGUACUCUUUCUGUGGAGAGGGUUCUGGCGAAAAAUCUGAAGAGGAAAACGAAACAGAAAAUCUAUGUACUCAACCUGGUGAAGGAAAUGAGCUGAAGGAAAUUGCUGAAACCCAUGAUAUAAUUACUGGUUCUUCUUUGAGCAUUCCUAUUGAGGAAGUGGAUAAUGAGCAUGUUUCUGGUUUGUACCGUGGUAUGAGAAGACGCUGUUUGGUAUUUGAGAUGGUGGGAUCUAGCAGAAAGCGUUUUGAUGAGAAUUCAGUUUCUGAUCAUUCUGCAUUUCUGCAAUCCGAUUGCAAUACUUCUACCAGCAUCGAUCAGUUACUUCCUACAAAGACUGGAAAUGAUUCUUCACAUCACGUUUUACCUGGCAUUGGUUUGCAUUUAAAUGCUCUAGCAACAACUCCAAAGGACUACAAAUUUGUCAAGCAUGAAGCUUUAGGCUCUGGAAGACUAUUGAUUGGUCCGAGCCCAAAUGCCAAUUUUCAACCUUUGAGUGCUGGUCAAGAAUUGUUAAACAAUACUUUGGCUAUUAACGCAGAAAGAGAAAUCUGUGCCAUUGAAAAUGGUGUUCUUGCGGAAGAUGCCUGCCAGGCAUCUGGAUAUAUGGUCAAUGAAGAGUUCAAUCAGAACAGUCCAAAGAAGAAGAGACGUAGGUUGGAACAAGCGGGAGAUGGUGAAGCCUGUAAGCGAUGUAACUGCAAGAAAUCAAAAUGCUUGAAACUAUAUUGUGAAUGCUUCGCAGCUGGUGUCUACUGUGUGGAGCCAUGUGCGUGUAUGGAUUGCUUCAACAAGCCUGUCCAUGAGGACACUGUCCUCGCAACUCGCAAACAGAUUGAAUCCAGAAAUCCUCUUGCUUUUGCUCCCAAAGUGAUUAGGAGCUCGGAUUAUCUAUCUGAAGCCAGGGAUGAGUCCAGCAAAACUCCUGCAUCAGCUCGACAUAAGAGAGGAUGCAAUUGCAAAAAAUCUGGUUGCCUGAAGAAAUAUUGUGAAUGCUAUCAGGGUGGAGUUGGAUGCUCCGUUAACUGCAGAUGUGAAGGGUGUAAGAAUGCAUUUGGUCGAAAGGACGGCACAGAAGCUGAAUUUGAAGAAGAUGAAACAUACACAACCGAGAAGGGUAUACAGAAAUCCGCAAUCCAGAAUGAUCUGGAGCAGAAUCUCGAUUCUGUCCCUCCUGCAACACCUUUAUCUCAAGGAAGACAAACCGUCCAGCAUCCACUCUCCUCAAAGAACAAACUGCCUAGACCUUCUUUUCCUUCUAUUGGCUCCUCUUCUGGUUUGUACACCGGUCAUGGGUUCGGGAAACCAGGCUUUUUCCAAUCUUCGACAAGGUUUGAUAAGCAUCUUGAAACUGUUCUUGAAGAUGAAAUGCCCGAUUUUCUCCAAGCUCCGUCUCCUAACAGUUGCAUCAAGACUUCGUCUCCCAACAGUAAGAGGGUCUCGCCUCCUCACAGCAUAGGGACGUCUCCCAGUAUGAGAAGCAGCCGUAAGUUGAUACUUCAAUCUAUUCCGUCUUUUCCUUCCCUCACCCCCAAUCAUUGA